ACAUUAUAAUGAUGGAUAUCAAAAUCUCAGUUUAUAAACCUCCACGCUCAGUUUUAACGGUUCGCAGAGGUGGCGGACUAGACGCUAAUCGCGGCUCGGUUUGGCGCUGCACAGCUGACUGUGCGCUGGACCGGAGACCGAGAUGCGGCGCAGACUGCCGCUGAUGUCUGUGCCGUGAUGUGUGUGGCGUCUGAGCAACAGCCCGGAGUGUGUGUGAGUCACUGUGAUUCGAGGUGACAAUCCAGAUAACUGUGGGGCUGACAAUGCGCCGACUACCAAACAUGCAUUUGAAUUGAAUGGGAGCUCAGCUACUGGGAAAUUCGAAGGCAUCCUUCUGUGACAGUUACCCUGCUAUGGAAGUUAUGUAAAAACGGCUUUUACACUGCAUGCAUUAGGUUUUUAAAGUGCUCAGUGACAUUUUUUCUAGCAACUUAUUUCUAAUAGCAAAAGUUGGCAUGCGCUUGUUGAAAAUGUUACAAUGUUUGCAAGAGACAGACAGGCAGACAGACAGCGGCGCUCACGUGCUCUCAGUCUGGCACGUGCCGCUCAGUAAAUGACACGAUCACAACAUACAGGAGCGCGUGCCUGACCCUGGUGACCUUGCGACGACCUCGGUCAAGCGAGGGCCAGGUGUUCGGUGCCCCAGACAGACCACAUUCCUGUCUGGAGUCUGCUUUAAAUAGCUCGGGGUGAUGAUGGGUGACACACACCUGCCUCAAACCGGACACGAUGCAGUCCUCCUCCCUGACCGAGCGCGAGAAGAGCAUCCCCGCAGCUGACGGCUGUUUCCUGAUGUGGCGGGACUACAUGGACCUCCGCAGGACCCUGUCGGAGCUGCUGCAGCAUCGCGACGGAGCACAAGCCGCAGAUGUCCGCGGGACGCCAGCGGAGGGUUUCACGAGAGCCGGCUCCAGCAGCAGCGUCUCCAGCACCUCCGCCUCCUCCAGCCGCGACCUGCGGACCCCGCGGGACUCCUGCGGAUUCUGCCGACAAAACGGAGAGACGCCGGUGGUGUACAUGAGUCACAGACUGAAAGCCCGAGACGGCCGGAUCCUCUGCCCGAUCCUGAGGAGCUACGUGUGUCCGUUCUGCUCCGCCACCGGAGACUGGGCGCACACCCGCCACUACUGUCCGCGGAGAAACACGCCGAAGACCGGCGACGCGUGAAUCAUUGGACUGUACGUCUGUGUUCGACGUUUGUUGUGAAAAUGUGUUCAAAAACAAAAAAAAAGUUGUUUACGUGUUAAUGGUUGAAACGUGUUUUUAUGGUUCAUUUCAAAAUAAAAAUAUUUUUCUAGUGCAUCAAAAACAGGUUUUGUUAUUUUAAUUUUAUUUAAAUUCUUCGUUGAUAUGGUUUGCCAUUUAGUUGAGUCAUCUAAUAAUAAUUUGUCCAAAUCAAUAGCUACUUGAUCCAAAUGUAAUGUAUGA